AUGAGCUUAGGACAAAGAGCCAAGUUGACCUGCACACCUGAGAUGGCCUACGGAGCCACAGGCCACCCUGGGGUAAUCCCUCCCAAUGCUACUCUCCUCUUUGAUGUGGAGCUUCUCAGGUUAGAGUGA